AUGACUCCCCAGGUCCAAUCCAACGAGACUGGCUCGCAGUGCCCAGGCGCGAUGGACGAGGGGCAAUAUCAGGGGCUGCGGAGAGGAUCAUAUACGGAGCAGCAAUUGCGCCAUGCAUCUGCCCAUCAUCUCCAUAUGACCAGCCGACGCUUCUUCGUUGGACCGAUUCCAGAGGGAUGGAUCAAUGGCCAUCGAAAAUCAUGGCACCAUGCUCGCUUACGAUUCAAGAAUUACUCGUCGAAGUCGCUCUCCUUUUCCAUCGAUCCUGUGGCUGCCCACUAUAAUCAGGAGGAAAUCCACGACCCGGAACAUAUGGACAAUCAACCGGCUCAAGAAGCCAUCAUUACGCUGAGCGAUUCACCUGAUCGAUCAGGCACAGAGGAUGAUAGCGCAGCGGAAUCAGUCGAAUAUGAUGAAGACAGCCCCGGGGAGUUGCGUACCCUGUCUCACCCCACGGCGGAAAACGAAGUGAUCGAGAUGCAACCCGAGGACGAGGAUCUAUCCGGAGAAUCAAAUGCUACUGCUCGCCCUACACCGGAGAACGAAAGUGCGAGUACGCGUCUUGAAGGCGGGUGCCCAUCCGAAGAAGAUUCCGAUGCAACUCCACGGGCGAGUGCCCAGAUUCGCAGCGGUGAGUCUGAGGCUUCGAGUGACGGUGAUAAUGCGAGCGACGAUGGUAAAACAGCCUCGUCGUACGUGACCGCGAGGGAAGAAGUCGCAAGCAGCAUUGGUACGGGCCAGACCUCCUCCACUAUUCAGCCUUCGAGACCAUCGCUGGGAAAUCGAGAGAGGUCACAAAGGUCGCAGCAUUUGACUAUCGUCGAGGAUAGGCACGGCAGUCCCCUCACUUCGAGUCCUUCUGCGGCUCCAAGCGAAGCUGACUCUACAACUAGACUGCUCAAGCCCAGGCCUCAAUACCAAAGAUCAAAAAGUAAAGCAUCUGCUGCGUCUGGAAAGACUUUGGAUCGACAGGAGCCGCAAAAUGAGGACGAUGUGGGACAGGAAAGCUCCAUUUAUGAACGAGCAAGGCACCGGAAAAUCACCAAGAAAAUCGCCCGAUUCAACUUGGACGAUAAUGUUUUGGAUAAGCAGCAAAGAUUGCGUUCCCGAAUUACUCGAACCCACGGCGCGAUCUCUGCGAACCGUCCGCGUCGGCGCAAAGUGCAAGAUGGGGAGAUCAUCAAGGCAGAGAAGAUGCUCGUCCUGGUCGAGGAGACGCUCCAAGACACCUUGCCGCAAGACUAUCAGGAGAAUGACUCUUUACGGAUGGAAUCUCGGACCGUGGAAAGAUGGAAAGAAUUUCUUGUCGUUUGUCGGAAAGGAUCCACCGACGAGAGCCCCUUCGUUCUGCAAAUGUACCGCACUCGUGUGAUUCCAGAUGCUCAAAGCCCGAGCAGCAAAUCCAAACCUUACUGGAAUGUGCGCCUGAAUAAGAAGACUACGAAAGUGAACCUCUAUUCAGCUCUCGACAAAACUAUCGUGAUAUGGCAUCCCCGCAAGCGUGGCAACCGAAUAUUUAUCAUCCGUCCAAAGUCUGCAGCUCAUGCCACGGAAUGGUAUACGUUGAUCCGACAGAUUCUUGGAUGGCGGCGCCCGAGCAUGCUUCCAAUUAGCGUGCCUGAUCUGGGUGUUUCCCUCAUCUUCAAUAACCCAUUCGGCCAACUUGAAGAACGGCUCGGCUUGAAGAAUGAUGGCGGCCAGCACACGACGGUACUAGGUCGGGCUGCGGCACACGAGGGCUUUGUAGCCUCGGCUAUUGUCAAAGGCUGCAUAGAGAUUUUGAAAGAUUGCCCGGAAUGGUCUGAGGUCCUGAGUUCUUGGUCAAAGACGCAAAAGAUGGGUCUUGCUUGGAGGAGAUACGACCGCCUUGAAUGGAUUCACGGGGCACAGGAAGAGAACAUGUAUGGAACGAUGGCGAUGCAGUCCGCACAUGAACUCGAGCUACGACCACGAUAUCAUUAUCCCACAGCUACCAAGAAGGGACUUGCCAAAGAAGUGGAACCUCCUCCUAUCGAAGGCUUCCUCAUCCGACUGACCUCCCAGAAAGGCUUACAUCAACGGAUGAACAAGAUGUUUUUCAAAAGACUAUAUUUCUAUUCACAUGAUCACUUCUUGUUUUUCUGCCGGCCAGCGAGGGCAAUGCCGCCUGGACCGCCAAAGUUACAGUUCAUGGAAGGUUCGGAUAUGCCAACUACGCGCCAGAUCAUGGAUCGAAUGCCAAUGUGGUGGGACGUUGAGCCCUUUCCUCUAGAGGACGGGGAAAUUUCCUGGCUCAAGAGUGGCAACCCGGAUUUUGUUCGGCAUCAUGACGAAGAGGCGUUUGCCCAGUAUCGGAGAAAUGUGCACAAUAUUGGACAAGCCGAAGGAUAUCUUGAUCUCUGCAAAGUGACCAAAAUUCGCAACAUGUGUUAUGGCAGCUCUCCCGCCGAUCCCAAUAUCUCUGAAGGGCCUUCGGUAGACUUUCAUCCAGAGCCCAACGACAAUCGUCAAGAGGACGGUGCGACCAAGGAGUUCGAGACCGAUCGGAUUUUCGAAAUGGUUCUCGAGAACGGACUUGUUAUUCGCCUCCAGGCUUUUGACAAAGCUACGAGAGAUCAGUGGGUCAGGGGAAUGGAUGCAUUGGUGAAAUACUGGAAGAUGCGCUGUUUUGACGAUGCCGCUGAACUUCACUCUGUGCGUCAGAGAAAUCUGAAAAUUCUCGAGAUUGAUGAAGAGCUGGAGUCAAUCGUGGGGCAGUUUGCACAGAAAUGGGAACUGAAGAAGGCCGAGGCAUCGCCACACUUACAUAACAUGUGUGCGCUGGCUGGUUGUCGGCCGAUCAAGAUGGCUGGUCAGCUCUAUCGCAAGCCCCGCCGCCAUGCGACAUUUGCCAAAUGCCAGGUUGUCCUUACAGCAGGUAAACUAGUCAUCUUUCGGAGCACACUUCGCCAGCGGAGUGGUACAGAAGUCCCCCACAUUCAUCAAGACCAUGAUUCCACCAUUGACCUGAGCGAUUGUUACAUUUACUCUGGACUUGCGACUGAAGCCGAUUUGCUCUACGCCAACCAAACAUUUGACAGCAACAAUCCGGGCGUGCAUGCUCUCCCGCGAGUGUACCUUGCGUCAGACACAUUCACAAGCCAGGACGAAGACACGGCAAUUACCUUCGUAAUUUGGCAGCCUCUACGAAAGAGCUUCUUCCGCACCGAGCAUAAAGCUACCCAGGGCAAAGUGACGAGAUCCCUGCGACAUGUGUCAACACUGGGCAAGCUUGGCCGAACGAUUGUCUUCAAAGCCCGUAGCCGUGUGGAGAGAGACCGUUGGGUCUUGAGCAUUUCGUCGGAGAUUGACCGGCUGCAGGAAGAGAUGCCGGAGGAAAUGCGCAUUAUCUCUACUUAA